CUUCUGAGAGACUGUUGCAUAUUUUCUACACUUGUUUGUUUGCAGAAUUUUGCAUCAUUGUUCCCCUGUCCCAUCCAUGGAUGGAUGCAGCCCACGUCUAGAUGUUGUCCUGUGCAGUUUACGAACGGUCACGUCCUCGACAAUGUCUUAUGAGGAGUUGGUGAGAGUGAUGAACUCUGAGCAGGAAAGGCAGUUUGUGUGCAGUGCCCCUGGCUGUUCUCAGCGAUUCCCCACAGAGGACCACCUGAUGAUUCACCGGCACAAGCAUGAGAUGACCCUGAAGUUUCCCUCCAUAAAGAUCGACAACAUGUUAUCAGACCAGACGCCAACCCCGACGCGCUUCCUGAAGAACUGUGAGGAGGUGGGUCUGUUCAGCGAGCUGGACUGUUCUAUAGAACAGGAGUUCAGGAAGGCCCAGGAGGAAGAGGACAACAAACAGAACAUCUCUCUACAGAACCUGCAGAACCAGCAGCAUCACUCUCGGAUGGGGAACCAUGACAACAGCAUAGUGAUCCAGCAGGCCCUGCCCUCUCCCCAGUCCAGCUCUGUCAUCACCCAGGCCCCCUCCACCAACAGACAGAUAGGGCCUGUCCCUGGCUCCCUGUCCUCACUACUGCACCUACGGAACAGACAGAGACAGCCACUGCCUGCCUCCAUGGCUGGAAACCUGCCAGACCCCACCAUGCAAGGCUCCUCCGUACUGAUGCCUAUGGAGAGGCAGAUGGGUUCCAGUAUGAUGGGUAUGCAGGGCCCCAACCACCCCAGCUCCUGCUCUUCACCUCACGGACCCUCCAUGCACUCUGAGGCCAAACUGAGGCUGAAGGCGGCGCUCGCGCACCACCCGGGAGCCAUCGCCAACGGCAACAUGAACAGCAUGGGUCACAUGAUGGAGAUGAUGUCAUCGCGGCAGCAGCAGGAGCAGGGGAGCGGCCAUCACCACCUUCACCAGCACCUGCCGGCUCCGCUCCACAGCCACGCCUACCAGCACCACCCCCACCAGCACCACAGCGGGCACCACCACCCGCAGGGCCACAACCCCCACCACAACUCCCACCCGCCUCACCUCCACCCUGGACACCCACACCAGACCUCCCCCUCGCCUCACCUCCACCCUGGGCACCAGUUGUCGCCGGCGGCCCAGCAGAUGCAGCCGAGCCAGACGAUGCAGUCUCCGCCCCCUAGCGGUGGGCGCCGCAGGCGGACGGUGGACGAGGACCCUGACGAACGGCGGCGGAAGUUUCUGGAGAGAAACCGAGCGGCGGCCACGCGAUGCAGACAGAAGAGGAAAGUAUGGGUCGUUUCACUGGAGAAGAAGGCUGAAGAGCUCACCCAGACCAACAUGCAACUUCUGAAUGAGGUGACCGUGCUGAAGAACGAGGUGACCCAACUCAAGCAGCUCCUCCUCACCCAUAAAGACUGCCCCAUCACCACUCUGCAGAAAGACUCCCAAGGUUACCUCAGUCCAGACAGCAGUCCAGCCGGCAGCCCGACCCCACCCUGCUCCCAGCAGCAGGUCAUCCAGCACAACACCAUCACCACCUCCAGCACAGUUGUAGGGGGCAGCACUGUGCAUAGCCUGCCCAACCACCGUACAGACAUCAACCCCAUCCACUAGAGACAAGACAGAGAGAGACUACAGUAGCCCCA